AUGGGAUCAGCGGACACUCCGACGUCAAACCAUCUACUCAACCGAACACACCCUAACAAUCUACUCGCAGCAGCCGCCAUCAUGAGACUCAUCGCAUUCCUCGUCGCUGCCCUGACCAUCGUCUCUGGCGCUUUCGCCGUCGAUGUCCAGAAGUCAUUCAUCGUUUCGUAUGAUCAUGACACCCCUGACUCUGUGGUCAACGAGGCGAAGGACAGGAUCGUUGCGGCUGGAGGAUACAUCACACACGAAUACCAGCUGAUCAAGGGUUUCGCGGCAACGGCAGGAGAGAAGACGUUCGAGACGGUGCAGGCCAUGUUUAGCAAGUACAACGCGCAGGUCGAGGAGGAUCAGGUUGUGUCUAUCAACUCCUAG